AUGUCCUUUACACAAACCCUCACCCAGGCCAGGAGCCACGCCGGCCACUCACACGGCCAUGGCCACUCCCACGAUACGGCGUACCUGACCUCGAACAACAAAAACGACGCUGGCGUCAAAAUCACAAGGAUAGGUCUGUUUGUGAACCUGGCCAUGGCCAUUGGGAAGGGAAUAGGGGGCUACGUCUUCCACUCCCAGGCGUUGAUCGCGGAUGGGUUCCAUGCCCUGACCGACCUGGUGUCCGACUUUAUGACUCUGGCUACUAUAUCUUGGUCACUCCGACCGGCGACCUCUCGCUUCCCCAGUGGCUACGGCAAGAUUGAGAGUCUGGGUGCUCUGGGUGUUAGUGGGCUGUUGUUGUUCGGUGGCAUGGGGAUCGGGCUCAACGCCGUGGACGCCUUGUAUUCCCAAUUUUUCCUUGAUGCUGCUGCACAUGCCCACGAGCACGCGGAACACUCUCAUGGUCUGUUCUCGUUGCUCGGGCACAAUCAUAGCCACGGGGCCGUGGUUCCAGACCUGAAUGCUGCAUGGCUGGCUGGAGGUUCGAUCUUGGUGAAAGAAUGGUUAUACCGAGCUACUAUCAAAGUAGCCCGAGAACGCAAGUCGGCUGUACUCGCUUCGAAUGCGGUUCAUCAUCGUGUCGACUCUCUUACGAGCAUCGUCGCCCUGGCUACGAUCGGCGGGGCACAUGUCUUCACGGACGCAUCUUGGUUGGACCCUGUUGGAGGACUACUGAUCUCGGCCAUGGUCAUUCGAGCUGGCUGGGGUAAUACUAGAUCUGCCUUGCUCGAGCUGGCCGAUGUGACCGUGGACGACGAGGUCAAGACAUCCGUCCGCCGCGCAGCCACGAAAGCCCUCAAGGGCGAUGCCGCAAAGGGCAUCACGGCGGUCCCCUUUGGAGACCAAGUUGAGAUCAGAGAUGUUCAGGGCACGAAAUCCGGUCAAAACUAUCUCCUCGAUAUCGAGCUUGCUGUACCCCAAGGUUUCACUCUUCACCAGAUGGAAGACAUAGAGAAUGCAGUGCGCGAAAGGACAGGCGCAAAAGUUCGAGGUGUCCGCCGGGUCCGGGUCAAGUUCGUACCCACAGAACACACACAGUCUACUCUCGCAGAUGACUUCAUUCCUGCCGAUGUCAGUCCACGGAGCAGUCCGGAGCCUGAAGACGAGCACGAUCAUGACCACAACAAUCAUGACCAUCAUCAUACGAAUGGACACAUCCGCAAUGCAAGUAAAACAAAGAAGGAGACCUGA